UUUGACAAAUACAGGACUUUAAAUACAGAAGUUAAAGGGAUAUAAUUCUUUCAUCAUUUCCUGCGAGUCGUUCCAAAUCUGUAUAAAGUUCUUUGUUCUGAUGAACACAGAGAAAGAUAUUUGGAAGAAGGCUUAUGACCGAACAGAUCUGGUUCAGAACAAAGAAAUGUAUACAGACUUGGAACAACUCGAAGAAAUGAUGCAUGAAUCCAGUACCACACAGAGCAUUAUGACAACCAUGAAUCAGUCUGUGAUCCCGCCCUGCGAAGUGCCAUACAUGGAGGACCGGAUUCCUCUUCUGGUUUUUUACAUCGUGGUUUUUAUCAUCGGUCUGCCUGCCAACCUGGUCACUGUCUACCUCACCUUCCACCAAGUAUGUCGAAAGAACAUUCUCGGGAUCUACCUGCUAAGCCUAUCCGUGUGUGAUCUCAGCUACCUGUUUACGCUGCCAGUAUGGGCAGUGUACGUCAACGAAAACCACGUAUGGCCCUGGAGCUCCAUGGCUUGCAAAGUGACCGGCUAUGUUUUUUUCAACAACAUGUACAUUAGCAUAUUUCUGCUUUGCUGUAUUUCCAUCGACCGCUACGUGGCGGUGGUCCACGCUAUCGAAUCCCGGGGCCUUCGUCAUAAAAGGACCGCUGCUUUCAUAGUGUUUUCAGUCUUCCUGGUGGUCGGCUUGGUUCACCUGCCCGUCUUUAUCAUGCGGGAGGGCAAUGCCGCAGAGGGCAGUCGCCGCUGCUUUGAACCGGGCCAGAACACAGCGACGGUAACAGGAUUCAACUAUGCCCGCUUCUGCAUUGGUUUUUGCGGUCCUCUGGCUAUCCUGAUCUUCACCAACAGGGCUAUUCUUACCAACGUGCAGGCCAGCACCGGACUCCAGCCCCAUCAGAAAGUGAAAGUUCGCUAUCUGGCUGUGGCGGUCGUGGCGCUGUUUUUAAUUUGUUUCGCUCCUUAUCACAUCGUAUUGCUUAUACGAGCUGUUACCUACCACUUCCCAGAGCUGCAGAAGGAGUGCCUUUUUGAGCACCAUGUUUACAUGCCCUACAAAAUUUCUUUGGGUUUGUCCACCUUUAACAGCGCUAUUAACCCCAUUCUCUACGUCCUCUCGAGUAAUAACGUCCGCGAGGAGAUAAGAAAAAGCAUGGCAGAGAUGUGUAGCAAAAUGACCUUGAUUCCACCCUCAACACACAGUAGCCAACAUAACACGCACAGUUCUAAGAGCAAUUCUGGACCUGUUCUUACAAAGCAGGAUGAAAUGAGGACAGCUUCUUAUGUUUUAGACUAAAAUCGAAAAUGGUUUUAUAGUCAUUUUUUCACUUGGACUAGUUGAGGAAGACAUCAAGGUUUUCUAUCUCUUUAAGUUUGUUUUGGAUAUACUGUAGCACUUCACGAGGCAACUGGGAAUGAGACAAUAAUCCUACAUGACUGUGGUAUUUCACUGCUCAUUUUCUACUUCCAUUUAAAUGUUUUCUCACUCUCUGUUUGUGUGACAGACACAUUUGACUUCUUCAUUCCUUCUUUGGUCCAAUUUAGUAAAUUCUAUUGACUGUGUAAUUCACACAAAUAUAAAUAAAUGCAUAUUACAAAUUUAUAAAUAACAAGUAUUUCAUUUUUAUAUUUUUAUAAAAAAUAAAAAAAAUCAGGGGAGGGCAUUCUCCCAUAGCCCCCCACCACGACCCACUUUGUAGUUUCCUCUGACAAAGACUCACCCACUUAAAUAGAACUGGGCCAUGCCACUGAAAUGUCAUGUAGUUGCAGUUGGUUUCAUACUCAGAAUAUAUGGUUAUAUUAUUUGGGUUGGUCAAAGUAUUUAGAAAAAACUAAAAACAGAAUGGGAAACUUGUGAGACUUUCUGUUUAUCUAAAGGGGUACAAGUGUCAAUCACUGUUUAAAUGUUUUCAGUGUGUGAAUUGGUUUAUUGAAAAUGUUUAAGGCACAACAUUUUUUACUGUAAAUAUUAUUUAUUUAUGUUGAGAAGUAUUGGACAGCAUCAUGUUGAUGUUUCCAAACUUUUCGAACAUUUUAAUAAGUCUGAAAUCUUGAUUUCAAAUGUAACAUAUUAUGACCCAAAAAACUGUUUUAUCUAUUAUAUUAGUUUCUCAUAAUGUGGCACACUUACCACUUUUUUAAAUAACUCAAUAAAAUGUAAAAAUCACAACUUUGAUGACACUUGCAAAAGAUAAUCACUGAAUAUAAUCUUUGUAUGGACCUCAUUUUUGGUUAUGGAAUUUAUGAAAGGUUUUCAUAGAACAAAGCCCUUGUGGUCAAUGCACAAGCAACAUCCUGCCUUUGACAUGCUUAUCGUGCGCAAAAUGUUUGCGUGUCUCUCAUACCGGAUCUUCAAAAACUAAUCAACCACAUAGUCAUCCUGCAUGUGUGCUUUCUCCUUCCAUCAUAAACGUCUUGAAUAAUUAACGCUAUUCCUGACCAAGAUGGGUUUCUAAUUGGUCCCUCAAUGAAUCUUUAAGUAGCCAGCAGCUGUCCUGAGCCAAUAGAAAACAAUUACCCCAGCUGUACCUGCCACUGUUGCAAGGCACUGGGCAUCUGUCUGAAACAGGCUGCAUGUGUGUGUAUGUAUAUACAUAUAUAUAUGUAUAUAUAUAUAUAUAUAUAACAACAACAACAAACUGCCCUGGCAUACCUGUUGGUCAUUUGCUCAUAACUAGUCGCCUUUAUUUAAAAGGAAGAGAAAAUGUCCCCAAAUGACCAUAGCACCGGCUAUAUAGUUUUGGUUAUAUACUGUAGUUGUUUUCAUGUGUGAGUGGGUAUUUCAUGUGGUAUCUUUAAACUAAAUCUGCUGUAGUGUGCUAUCUCUCUUAAUGUUUCAAGACAUGUGAAUUAUUCAUGAAAAAACAAAGGGCUCCUACUGUCUUUAACAUCAGAGAAAAAUAUGUACUGUAUAGGCCUACCAUCAUUUUCUUUUUAUACUUAUUGAUAUUUAUGUCACUUAUCUGAAUGUGUGUGAUGAAUGGUCCGACAGUUUGAAAAUAUUUG